AUGGAGCUCGGCGAGCACGCCGUGCUGGCCCCAGAGUACAUAAGCACCGCGCUCGCUGACACGUCCUCGCACUCUCACCUCAUCACUGAAAGCGCAAUCAUGACGGCCGACACGAAGCUGACUCUCGGGUGUCUCAUUCCCAUCUCGGACUCGAAGCUCGCUGAGCUCCAGUCCGUCGCCAACGUCCACUACUGGCCCGACGGGAAGGACGUCGACCGCUCCAAGUUCCCCGACAUCGACGUCCUCUUCGGCAUCCCCGACGGCGUGAAGGAUCUCUCGGAGCUGCCGCGGCUGAAGCACGUCCAGCUCUGCUCCUCGGGUUCCGAUGGGGGCCAGAACUGGCCCCCGAUGGCGGCGGUCAAGAAUGGGGAGCGAGACGUGAGCCUGUCCACGGCGAGUGGGGCCCAUGCUCUCACGAUUCCCAACUAUGUCACGGCCAUGGUGCUCAAUAUCUACCACCAGAUCCCGAAGCAGAUCCUCAACGCGCGCGAGAAGAGGACGUGGACUAAGGACAUUGACGUGUAUGGACGGACGUAUGGGAUCCGGCAGACUAGGGGCCGCACCGCGGGCUUGCUUGGAUACGGCAGCCUGGGCCGUGAGUCUGCGCGUCUCCUCAAGGCGCUCGGGUUCAGCAUCAUUGCGGCCAACACCUCGGGCAGCGCUAGGCGACAGGACGGGUACAUCCCCCCCGGCGGCGGCGAUGUCGAGGGCAAGAUCCCCGAGAAGUACUACUCAACUGAGGACGAGGAGCAGGUCAAGGACUUCCUGGGGCAGUGCGAUGUGCUCGUUGCGUCGCUGCCUAAUACACCGAAGACGAGGGGGUUCCUGACAAAGGAAAGACUUGGCAUGCUUCCUCCGCAAGCAGUCCUCAUCUCCGUCGGACGCGGCAACGUCGCGACGUCCGAGGACAUUCUCGCAGCCCUCGACGCAGAGGACGGGCUCUUCGGCGCCGCGCUGGAUGUGACGGAUCCCGAGCCCCUGCCCGACAAUCAUCCCCUGUGGACCCACCCCAAGGUGAUCGUCACGCCGCACUGCUCCGGCGACCCCGAAGGCGAGAUGGACAUCACGGCGGACGUGCUCAUGGUCAACCUCGACAGGCUUGCGAAGGGGGAGCCGGUCAUCAACCGUGUCGACUUCAAGAAGGGCUACUAG